UAUAGCCUGUGCUAGUAGACAAAAGAUUGUUUAUAUUAUUUAUUUCGACUUUCUUGUCGGAUACCGAUAAGUCCCGUCAGUUUUGUUUAAUUCGUAAAAUUUUCGGAAGUGGUUACCGCUCCACAAAAAGCAAUGGCAGCAAGUGCGCAAGCUAGCCGUGGACUCACAGCUCUGUUCAAGCGUGGCUGGAACGAAAUCCCGGAAGUAGUUGGAACUACUGUUAUUGCUUUCAUAGGACUUGGCCUGAGUGGAAUCGGUCUGCUGAACUACUACCGCAAAGAUUGCGACAACCGACGUUAUAAGCUGAACUACGUUGUUAUGCGCCCCGAUGAUCCCCGGGCAGCCAAAAUUCGUAAUGAUUGAAUAAUAUAAAAUAUGUGACAUAUUAGAUGAAUAAAAGGAGAAUUAGAAACUAA